AUGAGCGACUUCCCUUCAGAUAUCCUCUUCGACAUCUUCUUGCGCCUACCCAUCAAAUCUCUUCUGCGCUUCAGGUGCGUCUCUCCAUUCUGGCGCAACAUCAUCGACGAUCCAUGCCUCGCUUACGUGCACCGAACCCGAUUUGCUGAAGAAUCUAGAGUCUUACUUCUCGAUCAUCCCAAGCACAAGCCGGACGUGACGUUUAGAGAAGAUCAUGGGGGCUUCUUGAAGGCUAGUCUGAGUUUAGUCACGCAGUUUGCAACUCUGAAAGCAUACUUUUUUGAGGGCUGCUGCAAUGGUUUGGUUUGCUUCACAAAAAGCUGCGACGAUAGCCUUGUGUUUUUGUUUAACCCUCUGAGGCAUGAAGUUCUAGCUCUGCAGCCACGGCCAUGUUCUAGUACAGCCCAGACAUCUGAUCCUCCUCUACGCAAGAGAAAAUAUGGGUUGGGCUUUGACUGCUCGAAAAACACGUACAAGAUUGUUCGAGUCUUUGAAAACCAACGCAAUAGUACUUUAUGCGCAGAAGUAUUCACACUUGGUCGUUCAAGCUCCUCCUCAUCAUGGAGAUCAGCCAUUGGCAAAGGUCCUGAUCAUUGUCCUCUAUUCGGAAGGCCUAUAUUUGCUUGUGGGGCUCUUCAUUGGCUUUCAAUUGCAACAUCAGAAGAUGAUCAUAAUAAUAAUAAUCUAGAAGGCAAUAAGAUUGUUUCUUUUGACAUUUCAAAGGAGGAAUUUGGCUUGAUUUCUACACCCAAAUCAUUUCUGUCAUGUCAUUUGCUUGAUCUAAGAGGAGACUUGGCUAUUGUGGAUUGUUCAUCCGACAGACAAAUUGAGAUUUGGGUACUGAAGGAAUAUGCAGGGAAGAUCAAAAAGUGGGUAAAAGAAUAUGAGAUAGGUCUAAAAGCACCAAUUGGGGCGGUGGACAAUACAUGGAUUGAAGUUAUAGGGAUAUGGGAAGAGGGAGAAAUACUAGUUAGGUAUGUUGGAAGUUUUCUUUCCUAUGACCCAAAGACUGAUGGGCUAAGGUACAUUCAUAUUCCAGGGUUCAGUCACCAUGACGACACAGAAGUUCUAUGUCACAAGGGUACCCUAUUGUCACUUUCUAGGUUUCAGGAAGAAGAAUUAUGA